UACAGUAUCUCAAUCCAAAAGGCUCUUUUCAGAGCCACAACUUGUUCGAAAGAGAAGAAAGCAAUAUUUGUCGUCUCAUUUUUUUUUUACUGCAUGUGGUACAUUUCAUUUUUAUUAUCUGACAGUCUACAUACCUAAUUUCAAAUCUACAUUGUCAUUUGAAACAUUCAAUGAAUUAUACUGUACACUGACGAGGACAAACAAUUUGGCAAGCUUGUAUUUUUUUAAAUAUAUAAAUGCGUAAACAGAUAUCCUUUUCAAAAGACAAUACUGUAUAAUCUUUUAUGGUAAUCAGAAAUGAUGUCAGGAAGAAAUACUGAACCAUUAACAAAGGAAUGAUCAAUUUCACAAUAGGGGUGUUGGUUAAGACCAGGGAACAAUGUAGUUUAACUGUUCACCUGUUAAGACACAGGUAGGAGCUUUCACACACUAGGUCCUACUCAUAUGGUGAUUACUGGUGACCGUGUUCAUAGUACUGUAUAUUCUGUAUAAUUAUCAUUUCCUCCGUGGUAUAAUGGGGAAAGUACAGUAUCGUACCCCCUCAAUUUCAAAUCAACAUGUCAUUUGCAUAAUACAGUACUGUAUGUAUAGGCCUAUAGAUUAAUGUAGUUGUCUGAGGUUAUGUAUCUUUCUGAACAGUUAUUACUAACCCGGUUGGUUUAAUUUAGUAGGCACUUAGCUAAUGAUGACAUCAUUAAUGUCGAAAUAUUGAAUCCAGACACGAUGGCGUGCAUUUCGAUAAUUGGAGUAUGUAUUAUGCUAUCUUAUCUGAGAUUAAUCAGUGGGCCUUUCGGUUUUUGGAAGACGCACUCUGAGCCAAAUAUUGUAUUAUUUUUUUUAUCACUUCCCCAAGAUAGACACCCACAAGAUUCUCAAAACACAGACAGCAAUCGUGAUCCUGGGAUUACAUUUUUUUUAACUUGGUAGUUUUAGGUGUUUUUACUCGACCGUAAUGACGUGGCCCUACUAGAAGAGAGCUGUUUAGUUGUCCUUCGGGCGGCCCCAUUGAACUAGGCAGGGACAUUCGCCCACGAUAAACCAUAGGCGUUUCAAAGUUGCAUAUGCUGUAUAGUAAAAGGUAAUAAAAAUAAUAUUCGAAUAUUGCAAAGUAAAUGUCGUAUUGGGUUCACCUAUUAACUUAAUAACUACACUCUAAAAUGCAUAUAAUAAUAUGUAAAAUGACUUAUUUGGGCAAAGAGGAGUUUAUAAUAUCUGAUUGAUGUAGUUGUUUGAGGUUGUAUCUCUCUGGAAGUUCUGAACAGAUAUUACUAAUCUGGUUGGUUUAAUUUGGUAGCCACUUAUUAAAUACAUACUUUUAAAUAGUUUGGUAGAUAUAAUGGUAAAAAUACCAGUGUACCAACUACAUACGACCACCAGGAGGUUAAAAAAAAAUGAUAACCCAGAACGCCUCAAAUGGUAUUUUCGGGCGUCUAGAACACAAACAUUUCGUGGGGGAAUUUCCCCGGACACCCUAAGGUAGUAUUGUCUCGAUCGUACCAACUUUCGCCUCCCUCCCCUUUUUAGACAUCUCUGGAUCCGCCCUUGGUCCGUGUACAAUUGCGCGUGUGAUUUUAGGAACAUUUUGCCCGCAUUUUAGGCAGGAGCCACAUUGGUUAAAAAGCCACAUAAACUUAUAGUCACCUAUUCAAUAAAUCGCGCGCUUUCAACAACCAAUAGGACGCUUUGAGAUAAAACGGCAUAGCGGUAAGCCCUACUUUGCAUAUCUACUCUAUAAAUAACGUGCUGGCUUUCCGGGUUGUCAUUUGUCUGUACGUCGACUACAAAGAAAAUCAUGCCACCAAAAACUUCAGGAAAAGCUGCCAAAAAGGCCGGUAAGGCUAAAGCCGUCAGAACUGGCGACAAGAAAAGAAAACGAAAGCGAAGGGAGAGCUACAGCAUCUACAUCUACAAAGUCUUGAAGCAAGUUCACCCAGACACUGGUAUCUCCAGCAGAGCCAUGGGAAUCAUGAACAGCUUCGUCAACGAUAUCUUCGAACGUAUUGCUGGUGAAGCAUCUCGUCUUGCUCACUACAACAAGAAAUCCACCAUCACCAGCAGAGAAGUUCAAACUGCUGUUCGUCUUUUGCUGCCCGGUGAAUUGGCUAAACAUGCCGUCUCUGAAGGCACCAAAGCUGUCACCAAAUACACCAGCUCCAAGUAAAUAUGACGGCGCAAUUUCAAACCAAACGGCUCUUUUCAGAGCCACCAAAAGUUCAAAAGAGAUUUGUGUGCAAUGUACGUAUAUAAUAUGUGCAUGUUUUUUAUUUAGUCUAAAUAUUGUAUUCUGAACAUAUUAUGACAAACAAAUGGGUUCAUAAAUUCAUCAUUUAUGUGUGUUAAAAGGCUACCUGGCUCCAUUUUGCGUCAUGGGAAACAAUUUAUUUAUAUGUUUAUUCAUCGUAAAAACCUCCAAAUAAGAAGAUAAAACAUACAAAACAUUAAAAAUACAUUAACAGUAAUAAUUGCAAAGAACAGGGAAAUCACGUAUCAUAUACAUAUUAUACACAUACCCAUAUACAUAGAAGAGACAUAGGAUCGCAAUAAUACAAAAGAUAUAUAGGGUAACUAUUUUGUAUCUGUACGUAUACCUGAUGAAGGGCGAUGCCCGAAAACUUUCGUGUACUCAAUAAACUAUUUUUGGCAAUACUAAA